ACAAUGGCUGCAGCCUACGGUUACCUUGUGUGUAUACUCUGCUGCUAGUGCUCUCUCCCUGUAACACACACAUGUCACACACACUGGUGUGUAUGCUGUGGUGAUAUACUGCUGCUGUGUGCAUGCAUCUGAUGCAGCUGAUGCAGUGAUACCCGGGAGUAACAGUGUGCUGCAGCCUGAUAGGUACCCACUGGGUGCCCCCCUGGCAGUGGGCACAAUGAAGGACACGGAGGAGAAGCAGAGGAGUAUAGUGGAGGAGCUUUUGGCCAAUGAUGAUGAGGCUCAGGUGGAGCGCUUAAAGAAGACUUUGAAAGCCCAACAUGAGAAACUGAAGAAAGAGCUGAAAGCCAAUGUCAUAGAUGCACCUGGCGGUGAUCUAGUGGAAGAUAUCGGGCCUGUAACACAAGGACGGCGCAGCUUGCCACCACUCAUUACCUCUACUCCGGGGGCCAGCUUUGGUGAAUCUUCCCUGAGAGAGCGUCUGAGAGAGAAGCUGAAAGCCGGGAGGUCCAAAGCGGAAAGUGCGUUCCACCACGUGUCACCCAGUGUCUCCCCUCGGAGCCUUACUAGACACGCAGACACUGUUACCAAGUUUGAUGAGCAGGAGAUUGUCCCACUUCAGAGAGUGAAAGACGUGGAAACCCAGCUGAAGUCCAGAGUAAAAUUCCGUGAUGCCGUUAAGUCAAUCCAGAGAAAGUCACACGUCCCGGAUGGAUUCCCCACAGCUGAAGAAGCCUUCAACUUUUUCACAUGUAGCUUUGAACCAGAGCCAGAGGAGACGCAGGGCACAGAGAAGGCAGAAGAAUCUGGUUCUAGGGCUGAUCAAGACCAGGCAGAGGAUGGAGAAGAAAGAAUGGGAGAAGAGGAGUCCUUGGUUCCAGAGGAUGAUCUGUUCCUCAUAGAACAGACAGCACGUGACUUCAUAGAACUGAUGGCUGCUGAAUACGAGGACUAUGACAGCCGGCUACAGAAGGAGAGAGACGUUCUCUUUAUGCCAAGCACUCGCCCAGUGCCAUCUUCUCAGAAGCUGCCAGAAAACAUGCAGCCCAGGUACCUGGAAGAUGAGGGUUUGUACGCUGGGGAGAGGCCGAAAGUGUCCCGGACCAAUCAGAACCUCCUAGAGAACAGGAUUCUCCGGCAAGUCGAGGGAAAGAAAUGGUUUGGGGAGGAUGGAAACAUUUUAGCAUUGGACAAUCCUAUAAAACCCUCCCCCACGAGACCUCCGUUUUUCUCCCUGGAUGAAGGGAUAGAUCCAUCACUGGAGACCCUAUACGUAAAGGCAAAUCCAAACCAGAGACUGAACCAUUACACAGAGCUUCAAGGAGAGUUCCAGCUGGAUAUUGAUAUCUCCGGGGUCGUCUUUAGCCACCAUCCCCUGUUCAGCCGAGAGCAUGUUCUAGCCUCUAAGCUGUCCCAGCUCUAUGAUCAGUAUCUGGAGAGGAAGCAGAAGAACCUAUCCAGGCUUCUGACGGACAAGCUGCAUGCCUUGAGGAAUGCUGUGCGCAACAGUUCUGGAGGAGGUUCUGGCAGAAGCGCCAUUGCUGGAAAAAGCAUCUCUGACUAUAAGGCAGAAAUCAGACAAACCAGAAAGUUUCGAGAUGCAGAGCAAGAAAAAGACCGAAUUCUUCUCAAGUCCCUCAUAAAAGUUUGGAAAGAAAUAAAAUCCCUGCGAGAAUUUCAGAUGUGCACCAACACCCCCGUGAAACUUUUCUUGCGAAAGGAAGAAGUAAAUAAGAAAACUGACAAGGAAGCGUAUGAAGCUGAGAUUCAAGCUGAAAUAAAUGAACUAACGGAAGAUCAUAUGAUGGACUAUGACAAGAAUUUAAAGCAAUACAAAUCUGAUCUUCAGCAAUGGAAAUCUUGGAGAAGGGCACAGAAGCUGAAGAAUAAAAAUAGAAAGGAAGGUAUGGAAGAAGAUGAAGCAGACGCUGGCUACAUGCGAGAGCCACCCACCAAGCCCAUUCCACCAGCGCAAGUAGACAUACAGGAUGUAGAACUACAAGUCCGUGACAAAGCUGCAAGCAUCAGGAGAAGACCGGGAGAACCUAUACUUCAUCCUGAGCUCACCCUGUCAGCAGAUGUCACCCCUAACAACAUGUGCCCCAGGGCAGAAGCAUUAAGACGUGCAGAUCUGCAGAAACAUUCACUGUUCAUCAAGAUCCUUUUCAACAACAAAGAGGUUUCCAAAACUGUGACAAACCGACUGGGAUCAGACUUCAGAGUCCACCUGGGACAGAUCUUCAAUCUGCAGAUAUUUAGCUGGCCUGAGAGCAUACAGCUACAGGUAUAUGAAACACGGGGACAUUACCUCGCUAACCUGCUGGCUGAGGUGUUCCUCCCUAUUCCUGAGACCAACAUGCUAACUGGGCGAGCUCAGAUGGAGGAAAUUGAGUUUAGCAGCAACCAGCGAGUGAUGUACGAUCAUGAAGGGGUCGGCAGUGAUGUCCCACUGUCCUUUGAAGCUGACGGUAGUAAUAGGGUGACUCUGCUGACAUCUGGAAAAGUGUCUUAUUGUGUUUCUUGGGCAGUUGGGGAAAACGGCGUGCCACUGGCUCCUUCACUACAACACAGCGCUGCCAAACGGACAUUAACUAACGUAGACCCAGUAUCGUCUAUUGGAGCUUCUGGACUGACUGACAUGAAGAAAUUAGCCAAGUGGGCAGCAGAAUCAAAGCUCGAUCCUAAUGAUCCCAGAAAUACAUCUCUCAUGCAGCUCAUAAAGAUUGCAGACAGCGGGAAUGCCUAUGUUCCUGAAUUCUUCAGGCUUGAGCAGCUGCAAAAGGAGUUUGACUUUGUGACCGAUGAAGAACUGUCCAAAUCGAAACGGUUCCGGCUUCUGCAGCUCCGUAACCAAGAGGUCGCAGAGUUCCGCAACUACAAAAUGGUGCCUAUAAAGGAGAGAGAGAUUCCUGACAAGGUGUUUGCGAGUUGUGAGAAGAGAUUGCGGGAUGAAGAUGUGGGCAUUGCAGAAACACACUUAGAUGCACAUAGGAUUCGUGUUGCUAAAUACCUUCAUAAGAUUAGGGAAUCUGUGAUAAAUCGGUUCUUGAUAGCAAAACAUCACUUCAUUCUCUCCGACUUGGUGGUGGAAGAAGACAUCCCUAGUCUUGGGAUCCUGGGAAUGGACCUCUUCAAACUGGCUGAGCCAAAGCGCCCGCUGAAGCCGAGGAGAAAGGAAAGGAAGAAGGUCACCGCUCAGAAUCUGACCGAUGGGGACAUCAAGGUCCUGGUGAACGUCAUCCGAGCUUACGACAUUCCGGUUAGAAAACCAGCGCCCAGCAAAGCAAAGCAGCCGUCCAGAUCCACGAGGUCAUUUAAUGAGAUGUUCACAACUUCUGCGUCACCUCAAAACCAGGCCCAGGCACCAGAGUGGACCGUUAAUCAGGUGUUGGUCCGGCCAUUUGUAGAAGUUUCGUUUCAACGUACUGUGUGUCAGACCACAACGGCUGAUGGGCCCAACCCAAACUGGAAUGAAGAACUGGAACUGCCAUUUAGGGCUCCUAAUGGUGAUUACAGCACCGCUAGUUUGCAGUCUGUAAACGAUGAUGUAUUCAUCAACGUGUUUGAUGAAGUUUGCUUUGAUGUAUUAGAGGAUGAUCGAGAGAGAGGAAGUGGAUACCAUACACGAGUGGAGAGACACUGGCUCGGUUUCAUCCGAAUUCCAUUUACUACCAUCUAUUUCCAGGCCAGGAUUGAUGGGACGUUCCUGAUUGAUAUUCCACCUGUGCUCCUGGGGUACAGCAAACAUCACAAUUUGGGAAACGAUGGGGGCUACGAAUCAGUGCGCAGCCUGAGCCAGGGCUCCUUCCUAACCCUCUUUAUCACCAUUGAACCUCAACUUGUGCCUGGAGAACCCAUCAGAGAAAAGUUUGAUAGCCGGGAAGAUGAGAAACUGCUUCAGGCUGCGGAGAAGUUUCAGAGUGAAGCCUUAUUAAAGUUCUCAAACCGGCAGUGCCUAACCACUGUCACUGAUAUGAACGGGACUACGGUUUUCAUUACUAGAUAUAUAAAGGCAUUGAAGCCUCCGCAGGAACUUCUAGAUGCUCAUCCAAAUAAUGCACCAGCAACAACAGAGCUGGUUGCACGAUACGUCUCACUAAUUCCCUUCCUGCCGGAUAACGUCUCUUUUGCUGGAGUCUGCAACCUAUGGAGUACGUCAGAUCAAUUUCUUGACCUUCUGGCUGGAGAUGAAGAAGAACAUGCCGUUCUGCUGUGCAGCUAUUUCCUGGCCAUGGGGAAGAAGGCAUGGCUGGUAAUUGGAAACGCCAUUCCUGAGGGGCCCACUGCGUAUGUGCUGACCCUGGAGCAGAAUCAGUACAUUAUAUGGAAUCCCAGCAGCGGCCAGUGUUACAGCCAGUAUGACACAUUCUGCCCAUUGCAAAGUGUGGGCUGCUUGAUCAAUGCAGACAAUGUCUGGUUCAACAUUCAACCUCAUGAUUCUCCAAUGGGUAUAAACUUUGACACAGGACGGCCUAUGCAGUGGAAACCAUUCUUCUCGCGAAGUUUACCAAAUCCAGGACUUUCCAGCGUCCAGCCAGAAGAAAUAAUUUAUCAGCCUGCAGAUAAGACUGCCGCCAUGGAGCUUCAAGACAGGAUUGAGAAGCUGCUAAAAGAGAAGAUCAUGGAGUGGAGGCCGCGGCAUCCCACCCGCUGGAACAGAUACUGCACCUCCACUCUCCGGCACUUCCUUCCGUUACUGGAGCAGAACCAGGGCAAAGAGGUGGAGGAAGACCACCGGGCGGAGCUGCAGAGACAGCUCGGAGACUACAGGUUUUCUGGUUUCCCAAUCAACAUGGCGUUCUCCGAGGUGAGACCUCUCAUAGAGGCCGUUUACAGCACCGGGGUUCACAACAAUGAGGUGCCCAGUGUGGAGUUUGCCCUGGCCGUGUAUGUUCACCCCUUUCCCAAAAGCAUCUACUCAGUAUGGAUAUACAUCGCCUCUCUGAUCCAAAGCAGAUGAACGGAGGAUGGGAUGUGACAGAAACCCAUGUGACCAGACCUGGCUGGGGGGUGGGGUUCUGCUUCUCAGCUGAUGCCGGAUAAGCACAUGCGUAAUCCCCUAUCAGUAAUAGACUCCAGGGGAUACAUGUACUAAGC